AUCUCUUCAGAGACAGCGCUCCAGAAGAAACGCUUCAGCAUCCCGAGUUCGACGAAACCCUAAUUCUUCCCAAUUUCUUGUCCUCGUGGCUUUUCAAUCAUCAACUUCGUCUUCUCUCUCUGAAUUCCUACACCGACCAGCCUCCGGGGAUAUAGGGUUUCGGGAGGCGACGAAAGAAUGGAUCUUCCCCCACGAAUCGAUGAGUGCAUCAAAGAUGCGAUCGAUCACACCUUAGGCCUCUCCGUGUCGACCCAAACGCUCGAAUCGAGGCUUCGCGCUUCCGAGGAGGUUCAGAAACGGCUUCGCGAGGAGUGCUCGCUCUUGCACUCAAGAUUGAACGAGAAAGACGGCCUCAUUGAGCGCGCUAGGGCCGAAUCGUGCAUGAACGCACAGGCUUUGAAGAAAUUUGUGGAAGAGAACCAGAAAUUGGCGGCAGAAUGUGCUAAUUUGUUGGCUGAGUGUAAGAAGCUGGAAACAGAGUGCUCUCUGUACGACCAUGAUAGGGAGGCAUUGAUGGACUUUGGGAACGAGGUCGAAGAGCGGGCCAAGGAGGCAGAGGCCAGGGUUCAGGAGCUAGAGGAGGAGUUGCAGCAGUUGUCGGAUGAGUUGCAGCACAAAGACGAUACUCGUGAGGAUGAAGAGACUUUGGAGAGUACCACUUUGGAGGAGAAGUUAGUCGAAUCAAUCAUCUCAACGUUGCUUAGUAAAGAUGCAGUAGCAUCAGCAUAUUCAUUUUUGGAGGCAAAUAGUGCUCAUGAAUCGUGUCAAGAGUUGUUAAAAAUGUGGAACUGCCUAAGGCCAGCAACCCGGAUGGUUAUUUCGUUGGCUGCUGAAAUGAAGACACUUGAGAAAGAUAAGGAGAAUCUCAGAAUUAACCUUCAUAAAGCGGAGGAGGAGGUAAAUCUGCUUUUUCAAGAAAACAACGUUCUAGAUGAAGAAAAUAAGAGGUUAUUGAGGCACUGCCAGAAAGAAAGGGACGCUUUUGGUUCUGGUGGGAGAAUCACAGCUAGUGCUCCUGCAAAGUCUAACAAGAGAAAAUCAAGCCCUAAGAUGAGUAGCCCAGUUGAGAAGAGGAUUGAUCUAAGUGAUGUGGAUUCACCAAGACGGCCUUUGUCGCCAUUGAAACAGAACUCUCCUGAUUCUAGGGUGUACAAGAAGUAGAGGCUCAUUCACAUGUAUCAACUGACCCGAUCUUCUUUUUCUUUUCUUUUUAUUUUUGUGCCCGGGCCAUUCUUUGUACCUGAAUAGCGUCUUCAUCAGAAUCAAAGGUUGGAUUGAAAUUACUGGCAAGAAAUGGGUGGUUAUAGUUCUUGAAGCAACUUCAGUUUUCUUUUCCUAUCAACAGAUGCAAUUUGUUUUUA